GAGAGAGAGAGAGAGAGAGAGAGAGACGGUUGAAGCGUUGCUGCCAAAAACAUAACACACACUGAAAGCAACAUCACCUGCGGAGAGAAACGCCGCUUGUUACGCUGGAUAUCCCUCGUGGCUUUGGGGAUAAAUACCCUCCACGUUGUUGUUGUUGUUGUUGUUGUUGUUUAAAUCCUUACCCGUCUCUCGGUGGAUUUCAGGGCGAAAAAAAAGGGGGCAACUCAAAUCUGUCCCUGUUUUGAGGACGGGACCUUUUUGAAGCUCAACGCAACAACAAUGGACCUCGUUUCCUUUGGGAACUCACUCCUGGAGCCCAGCUGCACACUCUCAUGGGAUUGUAGCGUUUCAAAGCCGGACCACAUUUGUCUGUUUACUUGUUAAACAGUGUUUAGUGUCUCGUGGGGGAAAGAAAGGGUCGUGGGCCGGUCGGUCGCUUUGAGCCCGUGAUGCCCGCGAGGAACAGGUACAACCUGGUGGACGAUUUGGCGGACUCGAGGAUUCCGCUCCACAAUGAGGAGGCGUACCAGCAUGGGAUUUCUUUCCAAGCCAAGUAUGUGGGGAGUCUUGACGUGCCCAGACCCAACAGCCGAAUGGAGAUAGUGGCAGCCAUGAGGAGAAUAAGGUAUGAAUUCAAGGCCAAGAACAUCAAGAAGAAGAAGGUCAGCAUCGUGGUGUCUGUGGACGGGGUGAAGGUGAUGCUGAGGAAGAAACAGAAGAGAAAAGAGUGGACAUGGGACGAGAGCAAGAUGCUGAUCAUGCAAGAUCCCAUCUAUAGGAUUUUCUACGUCUCUCAUGACUCCCAGGACCUAAAGAUUUUCAGCUACAUCGCGAGAGAUGGGUCCAACAAUUCCUUCAGAUGUAAUGUCUUCAAGUCAAAGAAGAAGACACAGGCUAUGCGUAUUGUGCGGACAGUAGGUCAGGCCUUUGAAGUGUGCCAUAAGCUCAGUCUGGAGCACGCUGAGCAGGAUGCUGACGGCCAGGCGGACGGAGAAAGUGACAAGUCCACAGAGGAGUCCAGCAGUAAUGGUCGUAAACUGACAGGAGCAGAGCAAGGGGAGGAAGAGGAGGAGAGCAAAAACGGAGAGGCAGACCCCUCAGUCGGCACCUCACUGUGUGAAAAAGCAGUCAGUGAAAUCCUGCAGAGUCUGGCCGAACUACAUGUAGUCAAACCUGGACAGACCAUCAUAGACUUGGAUCGACGGUCCCUCUUCACUGUGACAUCCCAAGGUGUCGCUCCCAGCAGCCCUCGCUCUCCAUCUCUCACCCCUCUGGCAUCACAGCAUUACCUGCAACUCCUUCAGCAGCAGCUACAGCAGCAACAGCAGCAUACACAGGUGGCUGUCGCACAGGUGCAGCUCCUGAAGGAUCAGAUGGCAGCCGAGACGGCAGCCCGCAUGGAGGCUCAGGCCCGCGUCCACCAGCUUCUGCUCCAGAACAGGGACCUGCUGCAGCACCUGGCCCUGCUGGUGAAGCAGCUGAAAGAGCUGGAGGCCCACUCUCCAAAAACAACACAACAGGAGCCUCUAGCUAACGGACACAGUGAUCAACAGUCAUCCAGCAGCCCUGUCUCUACAUCAGCAAAGUCUCUGUCUCUGAAUCUGAAGAAUCACUACAGCCAGACUCUGGACCAGCUCAUCACCUCCACUCCUGCUUGGCCGCUCCAAACCUCACCCCUCUCCCCCUCCACGGUGGACAGCGCCGAGUCCUACUUGAACCUGCUUAACCUGGAGAACAGCACCAAACCGGAAGCCUCAGUCAACGGAGACCUGGACCCCUUCAUCCGGGCUAACGUGACAGCAGACAACAAGGAGAGCUCGUGUAAUGAGAUCGUCCCGUUCACGCUGAGGAACUCUGCCAACAUGGAUGAGAAGUGUAAACAGAAGAUUCCCAAACUAGACCCGCCUCCGCCCUCCUUGAACCGCAAACGUGCCAGCAGGACGUUGUCUCCGGGCUUGGAGGUCUCGGCCGCGUCCACCCCUGGAGAUGUCACCGCUAACGAAGCCGCACCCAGCCGCAGCAGCAGCCUGUCGUUCCCAGACAUCACCCCCAGCUCCUUAUCCUCUACCGACUUCCACUCCCUCAGCAAUGGCGAGAGCAGCUCCUGCUCGGCCAGCGAGGACUCGGGCGUUCGCUCUGAGACCAAGUCCUUGCUGUCGCAGCUGAGAGAUGAUGACGACCCAUUCGGGGACCGUGGGACAUUUUUGACAGCGUCUAGUGGUUGCGACAGUCCACUGGAGGACAGAUGUGAAGCAGUUUUCCCCUCCUCUGACCCACCUACCCUCUUCUCAAAUUCGGACACCUGCAAGCAUUCACCCACCUCCUCCUCCCCCAUGAAUGACACCUGCCUUCACAUCAGUUUUUCAGAGGAUGAGCUGCUGGAGAACAACCAAGAAGACGCUAUAAUCCCACAGAGGAGUUAGAUGGAGACCUCCAACUGUCCCUCCGAUUUUUAAUGCAAUACUCCCUGUCAGACCCGCCUAUGUUUGCACUGGGAACUUUAAUUAUUUCGUCCACUUGUGAUACACUACAAAUAGUAGCAUAUACCAGCUACUGAAAUUAAUCCACCAUGUAAAUUAUUAGCCAAUGGAAAAGUUUAGUAUUUUUGUAAUGAAUUAAAUGAUCUAAUUUACUUUUUAGUGACUAGAAUGUUAAGCAGAAUACAUGUAGCAAUUCUUGCACUGUUAAGGUCACAUCAUUUACCGUAGAAGGAAAAGGCGAUGAGGGAACACAUUUUAUUUUUGCUAGUAGCCAACGUAUAAAUGUUAUUUUGUAUGAUGCUUCUCUGUGGUGCAAAGACCAGGGGAUACACGGUAAUAAUGCAGAUGUUAGUGAUGUUGAGAAGAGCCUCGUCGUCUGUAAAGCACCUCUGUGGGUGAUGGUUGGAAAGAAAAGAACAAGAAAGUCAGCUAAAGGAUUAACGGAAUGAUGGAUAGUUUUUGGUGUAUACACAUCCAUUUGCGGCUGUGUAGUAUAUUAUUGUUAUCAAGGUCGAGUGGGUUUUAGCACGUUGUUUUUUUAUUUGCUACCUCUGUUUUGGGUUUUUUCAGCGCUGUUAAAAUGAUCGGAUAACAGAAUGGAUUUUGUAUUCUUCAGCAAUGAGUCUGUUGAUGGAUUCCACAAUGAAUUAAAAAAUAUUUGAGUUUUGAGAAAUGGUCCAGGGAGAAAGAAAGCCAUUGAAAAAAGACACAAAGAGCUAAUGGCCCUUUAGAGCUGUGGGCAGCAGCUGUCUGAGUAGGGAGACUGUUAUUAAAUGAACCCUUGGACUCAAUGGGAAGAUAAGUGGGGGAGCACAGAGGACCGUAGAGAAAGACAGUGUGGUAGAAACCACAAAUGUCUAUAUCUUAUUCUUUUUUUUUUUUUGCUACAGUUUUUUAGUAAGUUACUUACAAAAGAGAUAAAGUAUGGAAAUAAUGUGUAGCCUUCAGGGGCUUAAACAUGUAGAGGUUUACAUGUUUAUAUUUUUUGGCAUGCAUGUGAUAAGACUGUUCUGAGACAUGUUUUUUUUUUUUUCAUAUUAAGCGUAACAGUGUAACUUCUGACAGGUAGAAUUGAGUGUAGAUGGCCGUGAGAGGAAAAGCAGCAGAGGAGUAAGGAAGGAGGGGGGUAGAGGUGCAGGUGCGGGUGUGAAAUGCCAACAGGAAAAGCACUUUACACCCCCCAGAAAUGAGGCUUUUCUCAACAUCUUGUGAGUCAGGGAGCCAAAACAGCAAUAACACGUGGAAGAGAACAAAUAAAGAGGAGUAGUUGAAGAAUUAAA